AAUUCCCCCCUCCGAAAUCCCCAACUUUCCCCCCUAAAAUUCCUAAUCCCAACUUUCCCCCCUCCGAAACUUUUUCUUGUUCCUUACUAAUGCAACAUAUUCUGUUUUUUAUAUGAUUAAUUUUUUCGAAAACACUGUCAUGGCUAUGCAAACCGGAGUAGGUUUGUCGAAGAUCUUGAUCUUAGCCGGCGCCGGUUAUACGGGUACUGUCCUCCUGAAAAACGGUAAAUUAUCGGACAUAUUAGGCGAAUUGCAGUCACUGCUGAAGGGACUCGAAAAAUCGGGGGAGCAAGCUGAUGAUUCAGAUGCACUUCUAGCUCAGGAAAAGUAUUUUUUCAAACACACCCGGCCAAAAAGACCAAAAUCACUUAGAAUUUAUGAGUCACAUGUUGGAAUGAGUAGCCCAGGAUUAGGACCUUAUUCAACCAGCAUAAAAAAAGUUGAAAAGGAGAUCAAGGAGAUGGCAAAGAAAGUAAACGAUUUAUGUGGUACUGAGGUAUCUUCUUUCAAAUGCAAGAUGGUGGCUGGAGGAGUAUAAGUUUGAUGGGUACAGAUUUGAUGGUGUGACUUCAAUGAUGUACAAGAUUUUCUUGAUUAAGUAAAUGUAUUAUAUAUUUUAUUACCAAGAUUUACUUGAUUAAGAAAAUGCAUUUUAUGUUUUAUUA